AUGCAAGUCGACUCGAUGAAUAUUACUCCCGACCCCACGUCUUCAAGCCAGCCGUACACGAUUUUGCGAAUUAAGAGAAAACGCAAUGAAGAACCCCUGGAUGCCCUAGUCGUGGAGUCUAUGCGACGUAAGAAGUCGAAAGGCGGAAUUGGUGUAUUCCAGUAUGCGCAGACAGUUGAGGAUGACGUUUGGGACAACGCACAGCGGCAGCAAGACGUUCAGGACAAGAUAUCUCGUCUAGCUCGAGAGUCAGCUGUCAAAGCCGAAUGGAAGGCUCCAGCAGCUCCAGUCAGCGAAGUCGCACCGUCGCCUGCUACUCAGACAACUCGUCGAUACACGAUCGUAGAAAGUGGCGAACCAGAGGCCGCAACUACGCGAUACCCUACCGCUCCCCCAAGGGUCAUACCCGUUAAAGAGCUCGAGGAACAAGCUGCGUGUAGCCGCGAUUUCAAGAUGUUUGAUGCUGUACCUACGCAGGGAGUGCCUGUUGUCCAGGAUGAGCUCUCUGAGGUUGACAAGUUCCUGCCGAUGCUAAACGACUACCUGAAGAUUCAUGAAAUGGACACGGAGAAGGAUUCGAGCGUGGAACCAUUGAAAAAACCAUCAUCUCAACGUAACGCAACACUGCCUCUGACCGACGAUUAUGUGUGGGAUGUGUUCUACCAUCGGCCAGUGACGUUGAGCGAAUGGAAUGAAGCAGCUAAAGUAGGCACCUUAACUGGUCUUCCUGCUUCCUUCGAUGGUUACGAUUCCCUCUCCGAUUCUGACGAAGAAGUCGACGAGGCCGACGAAGAUUCUAAUGCUGAAGAAUACUACAAGAACGAUUAUCCGGAUGAGGAAGACGAUAGUGAUGAGUGGCAUGAAGACUCGGAAUACGAGGGCCUCAGAGCCAGAAAUGACUCCGACUCUGACCUCUAG